CGCGCGCAGCUUUGGGUUCCAGCAGCGGCGGCGGCUUUAUCUUCCCAACCCCGAGCCAGGUGAGAGACGUGGUCCUCUGAGGGUGGCCCAGCCCAGCAUGCCCGGUCCGUGCACUCCGCCACGUCCCCUGGAGGAUGGAAGGCCCCUGUUCAGACUCGCCACGUCCCGUGAAAGAUUUGGGGCUGGUGUCGUGGACCCUGUGCACGUCUCCUCUAUAGAUCACGAGGUUCUGGCUCGAGGCCCGCUUCUGAAGGACCUAGGGAGUCCCUGUACGUCCGUAUCACCCUCUUGAGUCGAGGAGGGGACUGUGGGCUGCGUCUCAGGACCCAACACUUAUUCCUAUAUGAGUCUGAGCCCCUUUUAAGUCCCCAAGGGUCUCCAAAGCCGGCCGGUUUCCCUAAGAAAUCCUGGCCCUCGGAUCCUCCCCCUCCGCCCCCUGGGUGUCAAGUGGAAUGUGGAGCUAUUUACUUAACUUGACAUUUGGACAGGCUCCAUUUGGCUUGCAUGCACCUGGUUGUCGGCAGCCUCGGGGUCGUCCGCUUGACACCUGCCGGGGCUGCACGGAGCUCCUACCCCCGUGGAGCUGUCAUCCCGGCCUUGGCACCCAGGGCUCCCUCUGCUGGGUCGCAGGCCCUGCUGGGCAGCGGUCAGUACAGCUUCCCCACCCCGUGCACCCUCCCCUCCAGCAUCUAGCGUCCAGUCUGCUCCUAGCUCCUGCCCUGCCCGUGAGGACCACAGCCUCCACUUAGCUGCCCACGUUGUGGCGAGGCCCUCAUGGGACUCCCAGCUCUGGGUCGGAUUUUGGCGUCCAGGGGUGGGAGGUAGGGAUAGGUGGUCUUUGAUGUAUCCUGUCCCCGUGCUUUCUGAGCUGUGCUUCAGUUCCCCCUGUGGAGCUGACCUAGUGGAUGUCCCUGGGUAGGUACCUGUCCCUGCUGUGUACUUGGUGCUGUGCCUGCUGGCUACUGUUGCAACACACUGUUGCAUUUGCUCCAGGAGUGUGUCCCUGCUCCUAGAGACGGUGAGAGGAGCAAGCAAGGACCCCCAAGGUCCUAUUUUCCAUCUCCCUCAUGGGGUCGGGGCAGGUUGGAAACAGAACAGCCAGGGGUGCUUCCUGCUGUGGCUGUGGCCCCCCAAAAUGAGUGAAACUUUGUUUCCUUCCUGGCUUUGAAACGUCUGCCGUCUCGCUCAGCUCUUGAAUUAGCCCAGCUUUCCAUGGACACAUCCACUUCCUGGGAAGGGCUGAAAAUGAUGCCCACGCGGGUGGGGUGGAACCGCAGGAAGGCAAUUGGGCGCUCCAGCCGCCACGUCAUUGUUGUUCCUCGGUGGGGAUCAAAGUAGUAGGGAGGAGGCGUGCCCAAGGAAGGCUGGGAGAGGAGUGGGUCGCAGUUAUAAAUAGCUCACAGCCACCCCAACCCUCUUUCCACAGCGCCUUUGCACCUGCCACAGCUUCCUGGGGCAUUGGUGUCACUCAGAUUAGCAGGAGAGGAACUGGAGGGGACACAAACAGAUGGGCACUGUGGGGCUCAUGGGGUGGGGGUGGCCAUGACAUCAGGGGAGAUGGCCGAGGUUGAGGAGAUGGGGAAAAGAGGCGAGACUAGAGACAGAUUUGAGGGUGAUGGCAGGGACAGGUGGGGUGCAGGAUUCAGAACCCCGCGCCCCCCCCAGGGCGCUGUCAGAGAACCGGCCCUUGUUUUUCCAGCCUGGGAUGUGGGUCCCAUAGGAGGUUCAGGAGAGGAAGAAGAGCCUCUGGAUGGGGGGCUCCCUGAGGGAGGAGGGCCCAGUUUCAUUUCUUCUGGGUUGGGGGUUGGGGGUUUGCCAUCGUGACUUCCUGUGACAGGAAGUGGGGCUGGUGGGUUCGGAGGCAACAUCCUGACCCCGGGCUGUCACAGAGCGGGGAGCACCCCCUCCCCUCUACCCCGUUUCUUCCCCCUCCAGGCCCUCCCUCUCCGUGCCUCCUGGCAGGUCCCCUCUGUAGCCUGCCUCUUCUGGGGACCUAAAGCUGUUCCCAGCCCAGCUUGCCGUGGCCCUGGCUCCCCGCCCUGCUGGCCUCUGAAGGGCCCUUUUGUGGCCACACAGAGGCCCCAUUGAGCUGCUGGCGGCUGUUUACUCACCUUCUCACCUGGGCCAGGAAUCCCUGAGUAGUCUGCAAGCCUUGGCUAUCCCGCACCCUCACCCAGCGCCCCCCCCCAAUCCCGCACCCUCACCCAGCGCCCCCUACCCGUUCCCCUUCCCCCCACAGCCCUGCGGCGCCCAUGGAGCUGGAGGACGUGGCCCGGGCGGCGACCCCGGGGCCCCCCCGGCCUGGCCUGGUGCCCGUCAGCAUCAUCGGGGCUGAGGACGAGGACUUUGAGAAUGAACUAGAGACGAACGCAGAGGAGCACAACAGCCAGUUCCAGAGCCUGGAGCAGGUGAAGCAGCGCCCAGCCCACUUGAUGGCGCUCCUGCAGCACGUGGCCCUGCAGUUCGAGCCAGGACCCCUGCUCUGCUGCCUGCACGCUGACAUGCUGGGCGCCCUGGGGCCCAAAGAGGCCAAGAAGGCCUUCCUGGACUUCUGCCACAGCUUCCUGGACAAGACUGCGGCCCUACGGGUACAGGUCCCUCCCCAUGUGGCUUUUGAACUUGAUCGCACGCGGCCUGAUCUCUUCUCCGAAGAUGUCCAAAGGCGCAUCGUGCAGGAGGUGGUACAGAGCCAGCAGGCAGCAGUGAGCCGGCAGCUAGAGGACUUCCGCUCCAAGCGGCUCAUGGGCAUGACGCCUUGGGAACAGGAGCUGGGCCAGCUGGAGGCCUGGGUGGGGCGGGACCGCACCAACUACGUGGCCCGGGAGCGGCAUGUGGCUGAGCGGCUGCUGGCCCACCUAGAGGAGAUGCAGCACACCAUCUCCGUGGAUGAGGAGCGCAGCGCUGCUGUGGUGGGCGCCAUCAGCCUGUACAUGCGUCACCUUGGGGUGAGGACCAAGAGCGGGGACAAGAAGUCAGGGAGGAACUUCUUCCGGAAAAAGAUGAUGGGGAACCGGCGGUCCGACGAGCCCCCCAAGACCAAGAAAGGGCUGAGCAGCAUCCUGGAUGCUGCCCGUUGGAACCGGGGUGAACCCCAGGCUCCAGACUUGCGACAUCCCAAAGGCGAGGUGGACGGUAAUACAGGGGAGAAACCAGGCCCCAUGGAUCGGAAGGGAGGCCUAGGGGUGCCCUCUCGGGACCGCAAUGCUGGGACUUCCAGCCAGGACACCCUUGGAGUCCCUCUGCACCCCAUCCCUGGGGACAGUCCGGACCGCGAGCCAGGUGUCGACAGCCCCCAAGAGGUGGGCGACCUUCCCCAGCAGGGCCUAACAAGCCUGGAGCCCCUAGUACCCCUGGACAGCACAGAAGAGGGUGCUGACACGGAGAGAAGGUGGAAGAGGCUGUCAGGGCGUCUGGGGCGCUCAGAGAGCCUGCGGGUGAGUGACCGCCGCCGGCCUUCCCGGGGCAGCCUCGGGGCUAAGGGCCGGGGUGGGGGCCGUUCCCGGAGCGACGUGGACAUGGACCCCAGCUCUGCCGCGGCCGUGCUAGGCCCUGCCCGACGAGCCACCCCUGAGCCUGGCGAAGAAGGCGAGCCAGGAAGGUCAGGACUGGAGCUAGAACCAGAAGAGCCCCCUGGCUGGCGUGAGCUCGUGCCCCUGGACACCCUGCACAACCUGCCCAAGAGCCAGGUGAAACGGCAGGAGGUCAUCAGUGAGCUGCUGGUGACCGAGGCGGCCCACGUGCGCAUGCUGCGGGUACUCCACGACCUCUUCUACCAGCCCAUGGCCGAAGGGGGCUUCUUCCCGCUGGAGGAGCUGCAGAACAUCUUCCCCAGCCUCGACGAGCUCAUCGACGUGCACUCUCUGUUCCUGGAUCGUCUUAUGAAGCGGAGACAAGAGAGUGGCUACCUCAUUGAGGAGAUCGGAGACGUGUUGCUAGCCCGGUUCGAUGGUACAGAGGGCUCCUGGUUCCAGAAGAUCUCCUCCCGCUUCUGCAGCCGCCAGUCAUUUGCCUUAGAGCAGCUCAAAGUCAAACAGCGCAAGGAGCCUCGCUUUUGUGCCUUUGUGCAGGAAGCCGAGAGCCGCCCACGGUGCCGGCGCCUGCAGCUGAAGGACAUGAUCCCCACCGAGAUGCAACGGCUGACCAAGUAUCCCCUGCUGCUGCAGAGCAUCGGGCAGAACACAGAAGAGCCCGCGGAACGGGAGAAGGUGGAGAAGGCGGCUGAGUGCUGCCGUGAGAUCCUCCACCAUGUCAACCAAGCCGUGCGCGAAAUGGAGGACCUGCUGCGACUCAAGGAUUACCAGCGGCGUUUGGAUUUGUCCCACCUGAGGCAGAGCAGCGACCCCAUGCUGAGCGAGUUCAAAAACCUGGACAUCACCAAGAAGAGGCUGGUGCAUGAGGGGCCCCUGGUAUGGCGGGUGACAAAGGAUAAGGCCGUAGAGGUACAUGUGCUGUUGCUGGACGACCUGCUGCUGCUUCUGCAGCGCCAGGAUGAGCGGCUGCUGCUCAAGUCUCACAGCCGGACGCUCACGCCCACACCCGACGGCAAGACGAUGCUGCGGCCAGUGCUACGGCUCACCUCCGCCAUGACCCGCGAGGUGGCCACCGACCACAAAGCCUUCUACGUCAUUUUUACCUGGGACCAGGAGGCACAAAUAUACGAGCUGGUGGCGCAGACCGUAUCAGAACGGAAGAACUGGUGCACCCUCAUCACGGAGACUGCCGGCUGCCUGAAGGUCCCUGCCCCGGCUUCUCGUCCCAAGUCCCGACCUAGUCCAAGCAGCACCCGAGAGCCCCCGCUCAAUAGCUCCGAGAAUGGCAACAGUGGCGGAGAGAUCCCAGCCACAGAUGCAGCCAGGACUGAGAGACUCCUCAGCGACCUCCUGCCCUUCAGCCGACCCGGCCGUGAGGGCCAGCUCGCUGCCAUGGCCCUCCAGAAAGUGCAUUCCCUGAAGCAACUGCUGUGUCCCGUGGAGGAAGACAGUGGAGCAGGGCCUCCCCAGGAAGGGGAUGGGGUCCCAGGAGGUGGCCCCCUGAGCCCAGCACAGAUGCAGGAUAUCCAAGAGAAGCUGCUUAGCCUGGAGGAGAACAUCCGGCAGCUGGAGGAAUUGGAGGAGGAGGUAUGCCGCCUGCGACCCCUCCUGUCUCAGCUUGGGGGGCACCAUGUCCCCCAACCUGGCUGCACCUGAGGACCCUGCCCAGACAGGCCUUUCACAAAGAGAAGAAGUGGGGCGCGGACACCAAGGGCUACCCCAGCCUCGCAGCUGCCGCCUGCCGCAUCUCACACCCGGGUCCGAGCACACGGAGCAGCGCUGCCUCGGGCCCACCAUGCGUGGGAUGGGCCGACAGGGGCCCCCCCAUGCCCCCUGCCUUCCGCUUGGGGGACUCAGGGCUUCGUUCUGGGGUCAUCCACGACCCCCUUUCCCAGGUUGUCUCAGUAUUGCCUGUGGGGAGCACCCUUCCAUCCCCCACUCCCAAGUGCCUUUGCUCUGUUUUUAUACCCGGAAUUGGAGGUUUAUUUUUUAAUAUAUAUUAUCUAAGGAA